CAGUUCGAAAUAGUUUGAUUUUCUUUUUAGAUUUCGAAUGCGACGUUCAAAGGCGCCAUCAAUACGCAGAGCAGCCAAAAUGGGUGUCUCUGUUGCUGAGCUGGAUCCUGCCCAAAGUGUUUCCACUCCCCUGGAAAUGGAAUGGGGCACAUCUGGUGCUUAUAAAGGAUUUAGGCCACAUAAAUACAAUGAAGGAGAGAAUCCUCUGAAAGACAAGCGCAUUUUUCUAGUGCUCUGGCGUAAGCAGUCAAAUAAAAAGCAUAAAACAUGGACAGGCAAUGGAACUCUCGAAUUGACUACAACCAAAGCAACCUUGAAGGAUGAAACAGGCAAAGUAAUGGACGUUUUGACGUGCUUUAACCGGGACAAAAUUCAAGAAGGCGCCCUGCUCGAAAUCGGCAAUAGAGACAUCGAGAUACAAGCGGAGCUCAGGACUGCCGAUGAAUGUAUAUCACAGCGUAGAGAGGAAAUUGAAAACUGGUAUCGACAGCAAGAGGAAUCUGUCGGCAUUGUGUCUGCCCAUAAUGAACCCGCCCGCAAACUCCCAAGGCUGCCGAACAUUCUGAGAAAGCCGAAACGAUCGUCAGAAUUAAAAUGCGACGUCAUCACUGCAACUGCUCCUCCCGUUAAGCUAGACGAAUAUAUUUGCAUGCUGACACCAGCCGAACUUCAAUGCCAAUCAAUGCAGUUGCUCGCCGAAUACUGCGAACAUUUGGAAAAGCACCAAUUGUGCAGAAGAGAAGACAUUUAUGAAAUUGCUCAGCUUAUAUGUGAUCAUCCCGUGCUACUACAGCAUUUUGAAGAGCAACAGGUUGUAUCGCAAGCAUUGCUGCCCCACUUGCCGCCCUGGCAGGAGAUGGGGCUUUACGACUCUGCAAAAUUUGAGUUUGUUCAUUUAAUGUUGGAUGAUUUGGUUGUAGCGCAUGGCCAGAACUGUGCCAUCGUUGCAAGUGAUCAAAGCUGCUUGGACAUCAUUAAGGGUUACUGCCAAUGCUGGGAUAUAGCAUACGUCGAAGACUCCUGUCAAGCGGACAGCUUCAAUGGGACCAUUUCGCAGGAUGCCAAAGAGCCGAAGGCGGCUCUUUUCAUCGCUGGGCAUCUAUCCCACGAGCACUUAAAUAAUUGCAAAUAUGUAAUACUCUAUAAUUUUAGUAUUCGGUCAGAAAUUAGCCAUUUGCUAGCAGCGGACACUCGAGUUUAUACGCUAAUCACAGCUGGAUGUUGGGAGGAGUGGCAGUUUCAACAACAUUUGGGACUAUUCAAUGGCAGCGAACAAUUAAUGGAUAUACUCAAGCACCGUGUGAGUCCAACUCACCAAUUACAGGGAAUUGGUCAAAAUGUAUUAGUGGAUUGGCAGCAAUGGCAGCCUCCAUUUAACGAGGCUUUUUUACAGGAUAUAUUUGUAAGCGUUGAGAUACCAAGCUUAUGCUACGUCUACAGCAAACAGCAUGAAGAUCAUUUGGCUCAUUUUUGAACAUAAUUCAAUUAAC